GGUUGGAAGGCAUUAAUUGCGCGAACUGUACAGUCGGUGCUUGGGCUGCACAAUGUUCCUGCCUAUCUUUGGACAGAUUCCACAGUGACACUGGGCUGGAUUCAUGGACAUCCGUCACGCUGGAAGACGUACGUCGCUAAUCGUGUUGCCGAGAUUCAGAGAAUGGUGCCUGACGCCCAUUGGCGUCACUUGACAGGUCGUGAAAAUCCUGCUGAUUGCGCCUCUCCGGGAAUACUCCCGAGCGACCUGGUUACCUGGUGGAGGAAAGAAAUCGACAACAUUAAAGAAAAUCAACCGCUAUCUAGAGGGUGCAUACUCACCAAAUUAAGCCCCUUUGUGGAUGUGCUGGAAGUGCUUCGGGUAGGUGGACGUAUCAAGUACGCACUGCUGGCCUAUGACGAGAAACAUCCAAUGAUCCUACCGGGCGAGUCUCAUUUCGCCAAACUCGUCAUCGAGGCUUGUCAUCGAGGUACUCUUCAUGGUGGAGGUCAGGCCACGCUGGGAUUGAUACGACAGCAUUAUUGGAUUCCUCGCGGCAGGGCUCUAGUCAAGAAUCUCAUUCACCGUUGCGUAUCUUGCUUGCGAUGGCGGGUGGCGCCCUCUCUUCAACUCAUGGGGGAUCUACCGAGACAGAGAGUGACUUCAGCACGCCCUUUCUUGAACACGGGCGUCGAUUACGCUGGUCCUAUGAUACUGCGGACGACCAAGGGACAAGGACAAAAGGCGUACAAUGCCUUAGUGGCUGUGUUCGUUUGCAUGAGCUCUCGGGCUGUGCACCUUGAAAUUGUUUCAGAUUACAGUUCCGAAGCUUUCUUGGCUGCCUUACGACGCUUUGUGUCGAGACGCGGCUUGUGUCACACCAUCUACAGCGACUGCGGCACUAAUUUUGUAGGAGCUGACAGACAGCUUAGAGCUAUGUUUGCCGCCAGCAGCUCAGGAGGACGAAAAAUCGCCGAUGGCCUCGAGUCCCUCAAGAUACAGUGGCGCUUCAAUCCUCUCACUGCGCCUCACUUCGGAGGCUUAUGGGAGGCCGCCGUAAAAUCAAUGAAGCAUCACUUGCGGAGAGUGUUGGGAGAAUCUACGCUGACUUACGAGGAGAUGGCUACCCUUCUUGCGUAG